AUGGCAGUAUGUUUUGGUGGUAAAAAGUCAAAAACAUCUCAAUCAAUAACAAAACGUUCUUCAUCAGAUAAAAAUACUAAACUUGAUUCGCAACAAACUCUUAAUAUUCAUACAAACAUGCCUCAUGACCUUUCACGUUCGUCCGCCAAUUCUGCAUCAUCAUCAGCAUUAUCGUAUACAAAUAAUGCAUCCCAAUCAACUACUAAUCCAAUGAAUAAUCAUUAUUAUCAUAAAAAAUCGAAAAAUUUUGAUAAAAUGGAAAUUUCUGAUGAGGAUAAUGAUGAUGAAGAUAAUGAUGAUGAAUCAAUAACAGAUGAAGAUUCUAAACAACAAAAAAAACUUAAACGUACAUCAGAUAAUUUAUCACCAUUACCACCAACACCACCGCCACCAGCUCAACAACAAUUUUCAAUUGUGAAUGCUGAUAUGAUUUUUUACUGUUUUGAAAUCUUAGGCAAUCAUUUAUUUAAUGGUAGACAUCAUCUUGGAAAACAUCAUGUUGCUGCUGCUGCUGCUUCUUCAUCAGGUACUAGUGGACAAUUAGUUCCAGCAGCAAUUAAUCCUCCGCAAGUUCCAAUGGAUCCUUAUCCAUUAUUUGUUACAUGGUUUAUUGGUACAGAUAAACAAUUACGUGGAUGUAUUGGAACAUUUUCACCAAUGAAUUUAGCCCAUGGUCUUCGAGAAUAUGCUUUAACAUCAGCUAUCAAUGAUAGUCGUUUUUCUCCAAUAUCACGUGAUGAAUAUCCAUUAUUAUCAUGUGCUGUAUCAAUUUUAACACAAUUUGAACCAUGUUCAACUUAUUUUGAUUGGGAUAUUGGUCUUCAUGGUAUUCGAAUUGAAUUUCUGAAUGAACGUGGUGCAAAACGUUCAGCAACAUAUUUACCUGAAGUUGCUCAUGAACAAGGUUGGAAUCAUAUUCAAACACUUGAUUCAUUAUUACGUAAAGGUGGUUAUCGAGCACAAAUAACAUCUGAUAUGAGAAAAAGUGUUCAAGUAACACGAUAUAGAAGUGAAAAAUUAACAUUACAUUAUAAUGAUUAUGUACAAUAUAAAACAACUUCAUCCAUAACAGCAUAUUCAUGUACAACAACAACAACAACUACAACAACUUUUGUAAAAAGCCGUCCAAAAUAA